UCCCAGCCAGAGGCCGUGUCCCCCUCGACGCCCCAAGCCAGACUGAAGAGAGGUCCCCCGGAGCAGGUCCGCCUGCCCUCAUUCAGGUGGCAAACCUUGGUCCUCGUGUCCCCCCCCCCCGAUGUUACCCAAAGAAGCCAGAACGUCUGAGCAGCACAGCACGAUGCCCAGCACCAUGGCCAAGGGCCUGGUGGUCCUGCAGGGCUUGGCCACCCGGAACACACAGUAUGCAGAACUGACACUGCCCCGCAAGCAGGGCCCCCUCAGCAAGCCCGCCCAGGCCAUCAGCCGCUACUACGGGAAGAAGCGAGAGCCCAAGGACAGCGCCGUCUCCGGCGGCUUCGAGUCGGAAAUGGAGGGGCUUCGCAAGGCCUUCCUCAUGCGUCCCAACUGCCCGCAGCUCAGCACCAGGGCCACGCCUGUCUCGAACUGCGGUUCCUCCACCCAGCUCGACCUGUCCGCAGAGGUGCGCCUCAGCCUGGACAUGUGGGUGCCCACCCCGGAACUGCUUCUGACCAGGCGGUUCUCGGACACGAGCCUGGACGGGCACCUCCCGGUGUUCAGUAAGAGCGCCUGCGAGUUCAGUUAUUUGAGGAAGACGAGCAGAUCCCAGACUUUGAGUCCGGUCACCAGCAGCACAGCCGCCUCUCAGAGCCACCUGAAAAAGAGGACGCCCUGGUACCUCUCGGUCAUUCAGGAGAAGGAUCACCACCUGUUCCUGCUGCGAGAGGAGAUCCAGCGGCUGUGCAUGCUGGAGACACAGGUUCAGAAGAAAGAUGAGGAGAUCUUGGUGCUCCAAGAGGAGAGGGAGUCCCUGAAGAAGCAACUGAAAUCCCUCCUGAGGAGCAAGUCCAAAGAGUUAUCCGUGUCCUCGUUCAGGAGGGAGCGCUCGGAGGUUCCGCUGAAGGGGAGCAGGCUGAGCAUCCUGAGGGCCCUCCAUAAAGCCAGGGAGCCGGAGCCGGCAGGCAGCAAGCAGGUGAAGGCCGCGGGGAGCAGGGCGCAGAUGCAGGACGAGCGCGUGGUGGCGGAGACGGGCAAGCAGCCGGAGCAGGGCAGUAUCGAGGAAGAGGAGGAGGAGGGUCCGCCCAGGGAGCUGGUGGGGUCGGAGGACGCCAGGACAAAGAGUAGUGUGGGCAAGAUGGUGGUUUUGGAUGCGGUGGAAGAGGAGGCGGAAGUGGAAGAGGAGGAGAAAAGGGAGCUGCUGGAGGACGAGGAGGACGACGUCCAGAGAAAGACUUACUCCCUGAGCGACACGUUCGAGGAAGAGCUGAUGGCCCAGCUGGAGGAGUACGAGCAGGUGAUUCUGGAGUUCCAGUUCGAGCUGGAGGUCAUCAGGACCAGAUACUCCCUUGCCACAGGAACGAUCGCGUCUCUGCAGCGCCAAGUAGACAUCCAAGAAUCCCAGCUGCGAAGGAUGGGCACGGAGAACCAGACGCUGCAGAAGGAGCUUCGAGAGCGGAAGCACCAGUUACAAGCCAUGACAGAGAAGUUCUCCAACCUCCGAGAGGACAAGAAACACCAGGAGAUGAUGGGGUCCAUUGAGAAGGACAACUUUCUCCUCCGGCAGCGCCUGUCGGAGCUGGAAGACAUGCUCAGCAAGCGGGACCAAGUCAUCUCCGAGCUGGACGCCAAGACCAGCGAGCUGCAGGCCCAGGUGGAGCAGGACCAGAACCACCUGCAGAGGUGGAGGCAGCUGCAGGAGGAGCUGCAGAGCAAGAAGGAGGCGAUCGGGCAGGCGGAGCAGCAGGCCCGCGUGGCCCUGGAGAGCGCCCAGUCCAGGCUUGAGAGACUGAGGAACAAGAUCAUCCAGGCCACCUACAGCAGCCCUGGGGUCAAGGCCUCGAACAACGAGAUCUCGGACAAUGACAUCCUGGAAGCCCUGCAGAGGAUCAUCACGGAGAGAACUGACUACUACAACCAGCUGAAGCAGAAAGGGGUCAGAGUGCUUCCCCUGCACCAGUCCGACACCCCUUGCCCGGCAAGACCAAGAAGGGCCAAGUAG